AUGAUUACUAUGAACGUAAUACCAACAAAUGUCUGGAUUGGACCUAACUCUUCGAUCCUUGUUGAACCAAACUCCAUCUUUUUCGGAAGCGUUCAGGUGGACAAGUUGAAUGGUUCUGAAUCUGGUCUUCAGCUAUUUGGGUUCUAUACAUCUCCUCGUGUUAAUGUAGUGAACUGGUCUGAAUCUCGUUUGGUGUCUCUCUCACCUAGGUCUUCCAAGGGAUGGCCUUACUAUCUGAACGAAAGAGCUUCGUUAAAUAUUUCAUAUAACGUGAAACCUGAAGGCUGUUCAGUUCGGCUUGCGGUUGAUGAAGGUUGGUUGAUAUUGUGUUUGUGUUAUUGCUUGUCUUUCUCCUAUGUUAAUAAAAAUUCUUUUACAGGGAGUGGUAUGAUUCAAGUGAACAUAAGUAAUUCUGGAAGUUAUCAUCUUGCUGUGACUAACCCAAACUUGAAGGACGUAGAGGUGGAACUGGAUAUUGAUGUGACAGCUGUCGUGUAUGACACUAAAAAAGCAUUCUACAAGUGUAACUUCAGUAACAGCGAGUGCACAUUCAAUACAAUACCUUUUGUUUUAACUUCACCAGCACCGAGACAGGUACGUAUUCUAUAUGAACUACACUAA